AUGAGCAACCAACCAUGGCUCGACAAUCUCUCAGACGACUGGGUGUCCGUCCCCGGAACUCCUACCAGCCCUGUGCCAACGCGAUCCGCAAACCACUCUCGUCGCACUAGUUUACAGAGCUUACAAGGACUACCGAGCUCUCCCAGUCGCAUUCCUGUCCCCGCGCGUCGCUCUGUCGAACCAUCUCCCUUGGACAAGAAAAAGGUCUCCCGUCCCUGUCAUUUCGUGAGGAGAGAACCGCCGACGCCCAAGACUCCGCGAACCCCCAAGACCCCCUCCAAGUUACGAUCCCCCGCCCCGGAGAAGUCGAAGAAAACACUGAAGCCAGAUAUACCCUCCGCACGUAAACAGAAAUCGCCUAUGGAUACCAGGUCGCCCCUACGAUCUGUGUCUAAUGCGUCCACGCAAUCUGGCCAGCAGAGUACAGUACAAGUGAGACCGAAGAAGGGAAAAAGCAAAGAGAGCACACCGGAGUGGCGGAAAAGGCUGGUCCGUGGCGAGAUCCCUUCGGGGGAGCAGCGCGAUUUGUUCGCUCCUAUCGGAUUAGAAGGUGUGUUCAAACCGCCGACGCCAGGAUCCGAAAAAGGACAACAUGAGGCGAUUCCGAUGAUGAAACAAAGGGAUGAGCUGUGGGAUUUCAGUCAACCGUCAGAUAGAGACCAUGAUACAAGUCCAAGGAAGAAGUCAUCGCGCACACGGAGCGUUAUCGACCAUGAUGUUGCGAAUACCUCAGUUGAUGAAGGAGCUGUGCCACCAGCGUCUAGUUCUCAAGCGCCUAGUUCUCACCCACAGGAGAAUGUGGAACCCAGUCACAGCCCGAAAGGAUCGCCUAAGCGUACAUUGGAAAUGCAAAAGGGUCCCCAGGAAGGUCAUUCAGACCGUAAUCCCGGAUCCAGUACUGUUCAGGACGAUACACAAAUGAGAUCUGCAAGUGGUCUCGAAGAGCUUCGUAAUGAGGGAAUUACGCCCAUCACGUUUACGCGAACCAAUACGGUGGAAGGCAAUGGUACGUCCGAAGUUAUACGGUCAGCGUUGAAGCAGGUCACCAGCAAACUUCAGAAACUCUCUCUACCCCCAUAUGAGCGGCCGGACUCGAGAGCAAGUGACAGCGUUUUAUUAAAUCAGCAACCCGAAUUUACUCUCGACCCUCUCUCAGAAGAAGACAUAUUCGAUGUCACGAGUCAUUCAUUGCCCAGAGAUCUGUCUAUGGGAACUUUGGAUUAUCGAGGCCGCGGAGGUUUUCCAAAUCUGCGCCGGGGACAGUAUUUAAAUGAAGACUCCUUCUUUAAGCAUCAACUCUCUCCACCAACCUUCCCUUCUCAGCGUUUAUCUCCAUUUUUCUCCGAAUAUUCGAGGAUUCGAAGUUCGCCGCCUUUCUAUAAUCGGACAAAUCCCAUACUCGACCCACCAACACUGCCUAGACCGUCGUCAGCUCAUGUUAAGGCGCCGGAGCUCGGAGAGAAUAAGGCUGAGGUUAUACCCUCUUCAGGAAGCCCCUUGAAACUCUUCGGGACCCAUGACACAUUCACAAAUAAUAAACUGCUACGACGAAUGAGCCAGUUCGAAGAAACCUUCGGGGAUGUUUCUGAAGAAGAUGAACCUGCUUCGCCCUCCGAGGAGGCUCGACGUAAGGGCGAGAGCCGAAGCUUGUUGAGCGAGAAAAAGGAUACGAUGGGCGAAAGCUCUUUGCGAACGGCUGAACGCCCGCGGUCACGCAGUACCGCAAAUUCUCGUAUCAGUCGGUUUGGUGAUGGCCAACUCGAUAAUUUCGAUUUUCACGACACAAGUCCUUAUGAGCCCAAGUUUCUGAACAGCGACAUUCCUGAUAUCGAGGUCCUUCCUUCGUCGAGGCGGAGACGAUAUCUGCGACGUCCGUCGCAUAGGGACCCAAGCCGUCGCUCGGAACUUCACCUUCCUGACUCGAUAGACAAGGAAUCGAACACAGAAAGAGUAUUCAACUCGAAUAACCAAGAUCCGUUCCCACUGGCAAAUCCUGAACAGGCAGAACUGGAAUGGAAUCCGAAUCUGAGGUCUCCUGCAAAAGAUCCAACGCCCAAGAGGCGCAGAACCUUCGGGCAAUCACCGUUCUCGACAGGGGAGGAUGAGGGAGAAGCGGUCCAGAGUGGUCAGUCUGGGAAUAAAUUGUCCUUACUACAGAGGAGCUUAAUGCAACAUGGGUUGCAAUAUGAUAACGACAGCCUGCUCCGGCCUCAGUCAUCCCAACGCCCCAGGACGCCAACGCCCAGCCAAACAAGGUCUACAAGAUCGACAAGAUCUACAAGGAAAAGAUCUUCACCGAGCAAAAAUGAACCUGACAUUAUGUAUAAUGACGAGAAUACUCCGCCAGAGGCAAGUGUGCCAAUGGUAAAAGUCACUGGUGUUCAUGAUGAAAGGCGGAAAGGGUCAAUAACAACCCAGGACUUCCUUAACGAGGCGACAAAGAUAAUGGACAUUAUCAGAUCAAAAGGAAGAGCUGUAGGUGGCCUUUCCAGCGUAGAAGAGUCCGAGACAGAGGACAAGAACGAAAGUGACAGUUACGAAGAUGAAUCCACUCGAGAAGAGUUCUCACGUCCCCCGAGUCGGGAAGGUGUUGAUAUGCGGAAAUUACGGGAGCCGCAGGAGCCGAAUCCAAGGAUAUUAAGCCACCUGAAGAAAUUCCAAGAACAUGAUGACUUGGAGUUUGGUGAUAACGCUUCUGUUACAUCGCUGGACUUUGACAAUGAAGGGCACUCUUCUUCUCAGGUAGAGAACAACAGCAAGGAUGAGCAAGGUCAUGAAGCCUCCAUAAAUCAAGCAUUUGAGAAUAUGCAACCUGAUGACGAUGUAUUUGAGGAGCGGGAACGGAAAUCAUCCGCACCUACCUCCGGCGAAGAUGAUGACCUGCCAGAUCUCUUGACCUUCAAUACGCAAAUAUCGUCUAAAAGUCUCAGCGCCCGUUCAGUACCUACUGGCUCAUCGCAAAGCUCUCAUGCUAAGGGUGUUCUGUCAUCUGAUCUUGUGUCUCAUUUGAUCCCAGAACAGGUGAACGGUCUGACUUACGACCGUUACAGGCAUCAGUGGAUCAGGGAGAGGUCCGAAGUUUCCUUUCAAAAGCCUAAAGGGGAAGACAGUGAGGAUGAUCCAUUCCGAGAUAUCCCCGACCUUAGUGUAGAUGAAUUGCAAGAAAUGAUGAGGAUGGAAAACUCGCCUUCUCCUGAGCGAACGAAGGACUCUGUUCUGUUAGAAGAUGACAACGCUCCAAGACCACUGAGUCGAAAGUCUCGUUCUCCUAGUUCGGUGGUUCGGCCAGCAACUAAAGAUGACGAACCUUCAGUUGCUGCCGGCUCUUUGCAGUCUAAGGCGACGUGCUCGUCCCCUAGUAUUCUGGAUUCGGCGACUAAAGUAGCCUCCUGGGAUUCUGAAGCUCAACAGAAGAGAGCAUCCUCUAGCGAAGUCGAACAUGAGAUACAGCUUCACGAGGGUCCUGAGCCUUUUGAACCUAAUUGGGAACAUGUUCGUCGCUUAGUUCUUCGACACAAGGGGCUUAUUACUCUUCACAAGCUCUGCGAUUUUUGCCCUCAACUCGAAGACCUCGAUGUUUCUAACAACAGUAUUGGACAAUUGAGUGGAGUGCCUUCAACCUUGAGAACUCUAAGAAUACCGCAAAACUGUCUUUCUAAUCUCACAGCCUGGGGUCACCUGAUAAACCUGCAAUACUUAGAUGUCUCUGGCAAUGAGCUUGAAAGUCUGGAUGCAUUCAGCCGCUUGAUUCACCUGAGGGAGCUGAAAGCUGAUGAUAACAACAUUCGAAGCAUUGAUGGUAUCUUUGAGCUGGACGGACUUCUCAGUUUGAAGUUGCGCAACAACAGCUUGACCACUGUCGAUUUUGGAGGUUCGGAUUUAAUUCGCCUUCAAGAAUUAGACCUCAGCCAUAACCAGCUGAUUUCCAUUCGGAAUCUCGAGACGCUUUCAGCACUGUCAACUCUCGACCUUAGCUUUAACCAACUAGCUAGAGUCGCCCCGUCAGCAUCUAUGCCAUACUUGUCAUCUCUGAGACUCUCAAGUAAUCAGUUACAUAGUCUGGAUGUUGAGGCUUUUCCGUCACUCAGCCUCCUUUACCUUGACCACAACUAUCUCUUCACAGUCUCCGGGCUUGCACAAUGUCCAGAUUUGGAGGUCUUCUCUGCCCGAGAGCAGAUGAACACACGCGAUCACAAUGGUGGUUUCUUUGACGUGGACUUGGGCUUGGUAAAAGAUGUUCGAAAGGUCUUCUUAUCGUGCAAUAAGCUGUCUUUGCAGUGCCUCUCACCUUCCACUCCCCUUUCGGGGUUGCAAUUGCUCGAUAUUGCAUCCUGCAACAUUCAAAGCCUUCCUGCGGAUUUUGCUCUGAAUUUCCCGAACGUCAGGGUUCUCAACCUGAAUUUCAACUCCCUGGCUGGUAUUAAUGAAUUGGCAGGAUUGAACUGUCUGUCCCGACUGGCAUUGGCUGGUAACUGCAUCGCGAGGCUAAGGAGGCUUUGUCAAGUUUUGAGCCGGAUAGGAAGAACCAACAAAGCCAAGGUCUCUACCCUUCAAAAGGUAGAUGUGAGAGGCAACCCACUUACCGUCAGAUUCUAUCCCCCAGCUAUCACUGGUGGCGGGAAAGUGAGUGACUCAGAGAGUCUGACAGUCGAGGAUAAGCCCAUUCAGCGGGAGCAAGUGGGCUUGGAUAUCCAAUCUGUGCUCGCCGAGUUCGGGCAGGCCGAAAAUGUAGACCGCUCGGUUCUCAAUGAAAAUGAUGACGAGCCUACCUCUGAAAAGGAUGUCACUAUUGACGACCCCUACACGUUGCCACCGGCAGAUCCCAAGGCUGACCAGAGAUAUUUGUCUCAUUUGGAUGACCCAACACGACUACGACGCAGAGUAUUCGAACUCAUGCUGUAUGCCGGAACAGGCGGCUCACUCAAAAUCUUAGACGGAUUGCACUUGCGACCCUCGUUAGAACCAGGCUCCGACAUGGAUCACGCCUGGAAGAAGCUUGAGAAGCUCGGCGUACUCAAAAGAAAAGCCAUUACAGGAUGA